AUGGGCAUAAUAUCAGUUGAAGCGUUGAGAGAGGACAAUGAGGGUUCAACCAUUGAAAAAAGUGGAUCACAGCAAAAAACAAGUGUUCUGUAUUGUGCGCCGGAGAUGCUUAGAACAAGUGAGUCAAACCGUCGUCGUGGUAUAGAAAAGAAUUGGGUGCAGCAAACGAUGGUGAGAAGACAAGCCGGUGAUAUAUAUGGAUUUGGAAUGAUCAUGUACGAGAUACUCUUUCGAUCGUUACCGUUCCCCGAUAAGACCGAUAUCACCGGUACUAUUUUCACCUAA